AUGAGUUACUUCGUACUUGGAUCCACCGGCUUGGUGGGCAACCAAAUCUUGAAAUACAUCGAGUCUGUUGAUGCCGUCACCGCCAUCACCACCUUGACCAGACGCCAGCCAAAAAUCGCCUCUCCCAAGGUCAAUGCCAUCGUGGAGGAGGAUUCCUCUUUGUGGCCCAAGGUCAUUUCCCAACAGGCCCAAGGCACCAAAGUGUUCUUCUCUGCAUUCGGUACCACCAGAGCCGCUGCCGGAUCUGCUGAGAAUUUCCGCAAGAUCGACUACGGAAUAAACUACGAUGCUGCCAAAGCCGCCAAGGACCUCGGAGUGGAGACUUUCGUGUUGAUCUCCACGGCCGGCGCAAAAACAAGCUCGCCCUUCCUCUACCCCGCUACUAAGGGCAAGUUGGAGGACGACAUCAUCGCGCUCAAAUUCCCCAGAACCAUCAUCUUGAGACCAGGCGUGCUUUUGGGCGACAGAGACGUGCCCAAGGGCUUCUUGAACGAUCUUGCCGUGAGAGUGGGCAGCUGGACCAAGGGCACGUCGUUGGACUUUGUGGGCCACGGCGUGGAUGCUGCCGACUUGGCAAGAGUCAGCUUCGAUGCGGCUCAGGAGGACUUUGACAAGUCCGCUCCUGUGGUGAAGUACCUUUACGGAGGAGACAUCACCAAGUUGGUGCGUCAGUUGAAGUAG